AUGCAGAAAUAUGAGAAACUUGAAAAAAUUGGGGAAGGUACAUAUGGGACCGUUUUUAAGGCAAAAAAUAAAGAAACCCAUGAAAUUGUAGCCCUCAAACGCGUAAGAUUGGACGAUGAUGAUGAAGGUGUACCAUCGUCAGCCUUACGUGAGAUAUGUCUCCUCAAAGAGCUGAAACAUAAGAAUAUUGUGCGUCUCUAUGAUGUUCUUCACAGUGAAAAGAAAUUGACGUUAGUGUUUGAACAUUGUGACCAAGAUUUAAAGAAAUAUUUUGAUAGCCUCAACGGCGAAAUUGAUCUUGACGUAGUGAAAUCAUUUAUGUAUCAGCUCCUCAGAGGUUUAGCAUUUUGUCAUAGCCAUAAUGUUUUACAUCGCGAUUUGAAACCACAAAACCUAUUAAUCAAUAAAAAUGGCGAGUUAAAGUUGGCUGAUUUUGGUUUGGCAAGGGCUUUUGGCAUACCUGUUAAGUGUUAUUCAGCAGAAGUCGUGACUUUGUGGUAUAGACCGCCAGAUGUGUUAUUUGGAGCUAAACUUUAUACUACAAGUAUUGAUAUGUGGUCAGCAGGGUGUAUAUUUGCAGAGCUGGCUAAUUCUGGUCGACCAUUAUUUCCUGGAUCUGAUGUUGAUGAUCAGCUUAAAAGAAUUUUCAAACUACUUGGAACUCCAAAUGAAGACACUUGGCCUGGAGUCACACAGUUGCCAGAUUAUAAACCAUUGCCAGUAUAUCAACCUAGCUUGGGUCUUGCACAAGUUGUCCCAAGACUACCUGCCAGGGGAAGAGAUCUCCUAGCAAGACUGUUAACAUGCAAUCCAGCAUUAAGAAUGCCUGCUGAUGAUGCAAUGGCACAUGCUUACUUCCAUGACUUAAACCCUUCUGUGAAGAAUGACAGGUGUUAA